AUGAGCAUGAAAAAAAUAGCCCUUUCUUCGAUUCCGCUUCUCUUCGCUAUCGCUGUCAAGGGCUACCGCCUCGAAUCGAUUGCAGUCGCCGGCACCAGCACCUCACCUCUGCGGCUUCAUGAUGACGGGGUGCCUCGGGCUCUUUCGGCUGGACGUACAGACGAAGGAGCAGAAGAAUACGACAACCUACUACACUCCACACCCCCACAAACAUCUUUUGCGGAGGAUGGGGACGCCUCUGUAGUUCCUGUCGCAGCACCGGAUUCGCGCCGAGCAAAUGAUGCGCAGCAGAUUGCCACCACGCAGAAGAAGCCAAGGAGGGAAGUUCCCCUUCAUGUUUCCGAAAUGAAAGAGCUCGCCAGCGUCGUGAAGAUAUUCGUUGAUACCGUGAAGGCAGAUUUCGUUUCCCCUUGGCAGAUGAUGGCACCCAAGGAACACAGCGGGUCGGGAUUUGUAGUGGAGGGCCAAAUGAUAAUGACCAACGCACACCUCGUAGCGAACCAAACUCGAGUGCUCGUCAGAAAACAUGGCAACCCCAAGCGUUUUCUCGCAAAAGUCAUUGCUGUUUGUCACGAGUGCGACUUGGCAUUGGUGACGGUCGAUGAUGAAGUGUUCUGGCGCGGGCUGCAACCGCUGGCUUUCGGAGGAGUUCCACAGCUGCGAGAAACUGUCGUUGUGCUCGGAUACCCUACGGGAGGCGACCAGCUGAGUAUUACGGAGGGCGUUGUCAGUCGGGUGGGGGUUUCUAUAUAUGCUCAUUCUUACCUCGGGCUGCUGACAGUUCAGAUUGACGCCCCGAUAAACCCAGGAAACUCGGGGGGUCCGGCAAUUUCAGGGGGGAAGGUGGUUGGCGUUGCAUUUCAGGGUUUCAGCGAAAUGCAAAAUGUUGGCUAUAUAGUACCAUUCCCGGUGAUUCGGCAUUUUUUAAACGAUAUUGCUUUGCACAGAAGACACACCGGCAUCGUCUCCAUGGGAAUCAAAGCGCAAGCAAUGGAAAAUGAAGCACUGAAGCAAUUUAAAGGCUUGCACACUUUGCCGCCAGAAGCGUUGCCUGAAAACGUGACGGCCUCGGGCGUGUUGGUGGUGGCUGUAGACAAACUCCGAUCGAAUCUAUACAUGCAGGGGAAGAUAGCGUUGCCGAUUUCAAGGUAUGAACAACUUCCGGAGGAGAGGGGAAACUGCGAGUAUGGGGCAGCAGUGCCUCAACCGUCUCCCCCAGCUGCAGCUGCGGACUCUGAAACGCGAGCAUGUCGGCCCAAGAAGACGCCGCGUCUGGCCCUUGUUGAAGAACAGCCGGCAGCAGAAGCAGACGAUAGCAGUGCGCAGCAGCGAGAUGUUAAGGAGGUCCCCGCAAGAGUCAUUUGGCAGCCCGAAAACUGGAAGCCCAGCAGGCCCCCCUCUGCAUGCACCCGCUGCAGCAGCGGGCAGCAGCAGCUCUCCCUUCCGACCUUAAGCGGGGAACGCAUGGGAGCCCUGCAAGAUCGAAAUAAAACGCGCGGUUCUGCUGCAUCCGCCCCUGUAUCGACAGACCUGCAACGAAACCACAAGGAACAUCGUGCCAAGAGUGAUGCGACAAAAAACGAAAAUGAUACUGACAGUGAAGGCUCAGCUGAAAGCCAACAGGAAGAAACACGGCAAAAUGAGCAGAACCAAGCAACUCGAAGCAACUCUCCUGACCUCAUUGAUGUGCAUAUUGCAAUCCAUGAAGUAAAAUUAGAGGGAGAAAUUACCAAUGCGGAGACGGAACCAACGAGAGACGAGGCAGCUGCUCAGAGCGGCGAGUUCUCUCGUGCAAAUAAAGAGGAGAGUGAAUUGCCAUCAAGCAGCAGAUCGGCGGCAAAAGGAAUAAUUGGGAACGGAGAGGUGAAUCUUCGGGAAGAAGGAAAUAAGUUAGAUGGACAGCAACAAAAUGGCGCUGGCACAGAAGCCACGGAGCACCACUCCCUUGACAACCCCGGCUCACAUGCUUCACCAACAAUAACUGCACCAACAGCAGCAGCAGAAACAGCAGGAGCAGCAACAGCAGUAAAAGCAGCAACUGAAGAAAAAGACUUUCUUUCAGCGCGAACGAAACUGGAAUCGCUUCUGCACAAGCUGUUAGGGAGCCGCAGUACACUGCACCAAAUAAGGAGCCUCUUGCGCAACAGUCAUGAUAGAGAAACGAAAAAGAAUGAUGCAAUUAAAUUAAACAAAAAGCCCGUGAUUAAUGAGAGCGAUACUGCCGGGAAUGAAACAGAGGCAGCAGACCCUCCUGCAGCUGCCAAGGUGAACAAACCAACAUAUAUUUCGUCUACGAACACGGAACAGCAGCAGCAGCAGCAGCAUCAGCAGCAGGGAGGAAACAAAGAACGAAAUGAUGGCGAUGCAGCCCAGCAGCAAGGCGCGAACCAGCAGCAGCACGCGAAGCAGUCUAACGCCCCUGAUAAACUACCAAAGGAACCAGGUAAAAACAAAGAAAAAACCGAUGAAAAAGAUGUUGCGCUUGCUUCUCCUGUUCGCAAACUUGUUGAAAACCCUUACUUUGACCCUCGUCUGCUGGAAGAAGAGGAGUUUCUGGGGUUUCAAGAAGGCGACGUCAUCCUCUCCAUCGGCAAAUACAAUGUGGCGGAUGACGGGACGGUUUCUUUUCGAAACCUAGAACGCGUCGCCUUCAGUUAUGUAAUCACUGAACACUUCAACGGGCAAAACACCUGGGCGUAUGUUUUAAGAGAUGGAAGAGUCAUCAAAGUAACUACUGCCAAGCUGCGUACGGAGGUUCCUAACAUGUUUGAAUAUUUCAUUCAACGUUUAGACUAUCAAGAGGAAGAGGGAGAUGAAUUUGUUGUUUUGAGUUUGAUAUUGGCGUCUGAGAUAUCUGUGGGUUACGAACAGCCGCCAAGCAUUGUGCGGCGUGUAAAUGGUAAAGAAAUAAGAAAUAUGAAGGAUCUCGUUAGAGAGAUAGAAGCAACGAAAGAAAGAUUUGUUGAACUUCAGGUGGAGGCCAGCGGAGCACAAAGAGUUCUUAUUGCAAUCGAUAGACAUAAGGCACAAACAUCUCAACAAAAAAUACUCGCAGAACACAAUAUCGCUCAAGAAAGAUCCGUCGACUUAGUAGAAAACAAACAAAACACAAAAAAUGUGCAACGCUAA